UCUAAAAGUGAAAGUAAAAACAGAGUGAAGGCAAGAGAGCAACAAAAAAACAGCAUGAAGGUUUUUGUGUUUCUUCUGGUCAUUUUGACUGCAAAUGCCAAGGUAUUUGAGAAAUGUGAUCUAGCGAGAGCUCUAAAGGCCGGUGGCAUGAGUGGCUAUGAGGGUGUCAGUCUGGGAGAUUGGGUUUGUUUAAUACGCUCGGAGUCUAGCUACGACACAGCAGCCAAAAACCGCAACAAGAAUGGCUCAACAGACUAUGGGAUUUUCCAGAUCAACAGUCGCUACUGGUGUUAUGAUAAAGAUGACACACGUGGCCAUCCCAACAAUGGCUGUAAAAUCAACUGCUCAAAGCUGCUGAACAAUGACAUUUCUUUGUCUGUUGCCUGUGCCAAGAUCAUAGUGAAACAGCAAGGCAUCUCUGCAUGGUAAGGCUGGCGCGACAACUGCAAGAACAAAGAUGUGAGCCAAUAUAUCGCAGGAUGUAGACUUUAACUUUCAUACUGUAUUUCUAUGGGUCAAAUAAUGUUACUUUAUUUGCAAAGGUGUGAUUCUCCAUAUUUUCUAUUUCUUGAGCAUGCAUCAUUUCAAUUAACUACAAUAAACUCUAAUAAACUUUACUAGCUUGAAAUGAUCAAAGUAAAAAAACGUGCAAUUAUCUAUUAUGAACAAUUACAUUUCAUCAGAGGUUGUUUAGAUAGUAUUAUGAUCUGGUAAGGACCAGAUUAUGUAUUAUGACCUAAAACCUUUCAAAGAUUCAAAGAGCGUAUAAUUCAAAUACUGUACUUUCUUUUCACAGAACUGUAUACUUACUUAAAAUGCACAAUAAAAAUGUAUAAACAUCUCCAA